GCUCUCAUAACUGUGUAUUAAACCCAAGCCAUCAGCGCAGAGCCCAAGGCAGCAGAAGCCCCUGACUUCCUGUCACCUGGUAUCCCUCGGCGCUCCCAGGCCUGGCCCUGCUCACUCUGGCCCCCGUGUCCUGGGGAAACGAGCUGGUGAGGUGAACUCGGCGGCCAGAACCCACACAUCAGCCCUUGAGCCUUGAGACCUCGGAGACUCAGGAGUCUGAGGGUGAAAUGACGACACCCAGGAAUUCAAUGGUUGGAGCUUUCCCAGCAGAGCCUCUGAAAGGUCCCAUUGCCAUGCAUGCUGCUCAGAAAGGGGUUCCCAGGAGGGUGCCUGUGGUGGUGGGCCCCACACAGAGCUUCUUCAUGAGGGAAGCGAAGGCUCUGGGGGCUGUCCAGAUCAUGAACGGGCUAUUCCACAUUGCCCUGGGCAGCCUCAUGCUGAUCCACAUGGACGUCUACAUGCCCAUCUGUGUAACCUUGUGGUAUCCUCUCUGGGGAGGCAUCAUGUUCAUCAUUUCUGGAUCACUGCUGGCAGCAGCGGAGAAGAACUCCACACAGAGCAUGCUCACAGGAAGACUAAUAAUGAACUCUUUGAGCCUCUUUGCUGCUAUUUCUGGAAUAAUUUUUUUGAUCAUGGACAUAUUUAAUAUGACAAUUUCCCACUUUUUUAAAAUGGAGAAUCUGAACCUUAUUAAGACUCAGGUGCCGUAUAUUAACAUAAACAACUGUGAACGAGCUAACCCUGAUGAGAAUAACUCUCAGUCCAUGGAAUUUUGUGCCAGGAUACGGUUUGUGUUCUUGAGCAAUUUCGCAGUGAUGAUGAUCUUUGCCUUCCUCCAGAAACUUGUGACAGCUGGCACUGUUGAGAAUGAAUGGAAAAAAAUAUGCUCCAGACCCAAAGCUAACGUUGUUCUCCUGUCAGCUGAAGAAAAGAAGGAGCAGGCGAUCGAAAUAAAAGAAGAAGUGGCUGAGCAGAUUGAAAUAUCUUCCCUACCAAAGAAUGAAGAAGACAUUGAGAUUAUUCCAGUCCAAGAAGAAGAAGAAGAAGCAGAAAUGAACUUUCCAGAGCCCCCCCAAGAUCAGGAAGACUCGCCAAUAGAGAACGACAGUGUCCCUUAAGCUGCUUUUUUGUUUUGCUGUUUUCUUUUUUCUUUCAGCGUUAGUGUUCACAGCUUCCCAGAGACUUACUCACCCGCGUUUCUGAAGGCACUCUGCACGUGGCCUCCACAUCUUCCUCUGGUCUUCACGUGGAGGGACCACAGACAGCUCCCUUCUCCUCAUCCUCAUUCAGAGUAUGAACACAGGCCCCUGCAGCAGACUGUAGCAUCGUGCUUCUCGCUUAGGACAGCCUUCUUACACUGAAAAGAGAGAAGUCUGAAUAAGGGCUGCAGAAUGUGAUUUGUCACUGGCCUGACUCUUGGACAAGGUGUAGCAGAGUAGUCACAGAAGCAGUAGCAGCAGCAGAAGUUUGUUUUUUCAUUUUUCUCUCUGCAAUAGGCAGACUCUGUAUCAGAUGAAAAAUGUAAGUGACUGCUCCAUGCCAUCCUUAAGCUAUCUUUGAUUUCUUCCACAUCUACAUUUGUGUGUGUGUGUGUGUGUGUGAUCUCUUUUGUACCACUGUUUUCAGGAAAGUAAAAAAUAAUAAUAAUGAGGCACAGUAAAGAACCUAUCCCAUCUGUCUUUCUAUGGGGCUGACACUGUUGCCUCUGCGUCUCACUGGAGGAGCUCUAAGGGGCCAGUCCUCAGCCCUGUCUCUGUACAAACAGCACCGCUUAUGCCUGGAUCUGUCUCCUUCCGUCUUAACUUUUCCUAGCUCCUCCUCUAGGCUCUUGGCUGCACUGUCUACAUACUUUUCCCCUUUAGGCAAGAGAAGAAAGGAUGAUGGAAACAAAUGCCGUAAUGAAUGCCCAAGUCACAAAGGAUGAUCAGUGCUUGCAUUUUUCAGUGUUUUCCAGUUCACAAAACAUUUUAUCAAAUAAUUGUCAUUGAUCUUCCAUGAUCAAGGAAAAAAAUUCCUAUCUCUGUUUUACAAUGUUCACACAGUAAGCAAAUAAAUCAAUGUAACUUGUCAAUAGUCA